GUAUCGUUUUCUUAUAAAUAUGCGGCAACUCGUCUCUGGAAAACACAAUGAUCUUCCCCUCAUCGAAUCGCUCUCCUUGCAGCCAGACAUAAUUACCUCGUCCAUUUUGCCACACAGAAAGUUCGCUUCGAAUCGGAACCAUGGUUGACUGGAAACCCCCCAAGUUCGGCUCUCCCUGCUGGAUGGGCAUUGCUGCCACCGAUGUCGGUCGAGCCCACAAGUUCUACUCUACCGUCUUCAACUGGACCUUCAAACCGCAGCCUGCUGACCACCCCGAGUCGAAGAUACGCUUAUUCGACUUCAACCCCGACGUCAGUCUUUCCGGCGGAUUACUGCUCGUCCCCGAGGAGACGGGUGCCCUAAAGACCGGUAAGGGUGGCACGUGCGUCCAUUGGUUUGUGGAAGACAUCGACAAGACCAGCGAGGCCAUCAUUGCCGCCGGCGGCAACAUGAUCUCGGACAAGCUGCCCGAGGGCAAGUCUGGCCUGUACCGCUAUUUUGAGGACACCGAAGGGAAUAUUGGCAGCGUGUACCAGUUCUGUCCGGAAGGUAAUCAGUAGAGAGUAUGCGUGGAUCUGCAGCGGGGAAAGGGCGAGGUACAGCGACGAUGGAGAAACUCAAGGGCGAGCUAAUUAUUUCACCAUCAGAGGAGCGUAAUUAAGCAAGAACUUGACGUUG